CUCGUCUGUCACCCCAAAAUUCACUUCUCCAUACUAUUCUUCUACGGGCUGUUUUCGAGCCUACAGGAAUACAUGUUUCGCCAAGCCAUCUUCUGACUCAGGUAUCAAUGCUAUCCUCACUCAAUCCUGGGUCAUCUAUUUCCCCCCUGCUCUUCUCACGGCCGGCUUUUCUUUACUUUAUUUCCUCCCUCGCCCUCGUAUCGCCAGUUAGCGCUGAGGACCUGACACAGAACUCGGGUCUGCAUCUUCCCCAUCCAGGGCCUCGCCCGAACCGAUUUUCUGGACAUUCUCAACCUAGCUAGCGACUAGACACCAUGGCGGCACAACAAGUCCUUUUCGGCGAGACGGUGGCUGGAAUGAAGAAGGCGCUCAAGAGAACCGCCUACGAAUCCGACUCCGACAACGAGAUUCAGCAUUAUAGCAACCGCGGUCAUAAGCUUAAAAAGAGAGCACUGUUCGCACACCAGGGACAGCUUGUCCCCCCUUCUGGUCCUGAAGCCUACAAAGAGGAUGUCGAAUACGCUGGUCAAAUUCGCACCAUCAUCAACCGUAACCCGCCCCUCCUCGACGACGAAGGCUACGAAGUAGACAGCGAUGACGACGAAGAACGCUUGCAGGAAGCCAUGGCAUCCGCAGCCGAGCUGAAUCCUUAUGCCAAUAUUCGGCUAGAGCAGGUGCUUGCGCCUUUGACAGCGGCGACCGAUCUCCCGACGCACCCUAUCCUAUCGAAACCCUUCACAUCCAAAACUCUGAACGAACUUACCGACCAGAGCUGUAACGUCAUGCGAAAAGAGAACAAAGCUCUCUGGCGAAUUGAGCACCUGUUUACAAAACUGAUUGGUGACCAUACCUGGGUACCAUGCGAAAUGAUGCUCGGACCCAACGACAUCGAACUAUACUCCGAUGAUUACGCCAGUCUUUCCCGGCUCAGAAACAGUACCGGUUCGCCAGCCACACUUUCUGGACCGGGGGUCAAUGGACAGGUACGGCAGGCUGGCCCCCACAGCGCAACAACCCACGGUUCGCCGCCCACGCAUGGAUUGGCCACCGAAAAGGCCAGGAUAGAGGAUGCGGGCGACGGAGAUAUAUACAUGACGGACGCCAUUAUGAAUGGCAGUACAGGUGCAGGUCCCGAAGCCCACGUCGGAGAAGACGGGGAACGCGACCCGGGGAAGAUCAAGGCAGAGAAACGGCCAGCAAAUGGGGCAGCAAAUGAACCCGACACAUCGCGCCAUGGGCCGAAUGGAGAAGUACCGUCGUCCGACGACACGAAACAUCCCGGUGGAAACGAAAAACCGUCAUCACACAGUGAGGCACCAUCAAGACAACACGACCAAGGACCAGAACCAACGGCCCCCGGGGGCAACGGGGCCGCCAUACAACAGGAUAACGACGGGUCAACGUCGACGGUACCGCAGCCAGGCCAAGGGACGUCUGGGGUCAACGCCACCACCACCACCACCACCACCACGAACAAUAACAACAGCGAGGCAAUGUCGGUAGCAGCGGAGAUGUUGGACGAACUGUUUGUCCACCCUCUAUUCCGACCGCCGCCCAACGCGCAGGUGGAUCGCGGAGGGCUCUCGGAAGCGGAGGCAGAGGACAUGCGACGACUGGUGGCUCUCUACGUACAGAAGCAGGAGGAGAUCUGCCGGGGUGCGCACAAACUCCACGAAGGCCUGCUGAAGGCAAAUCGGCUGCGAAAGACCGUUCUCCAGUGGGCCAAGGCGGAGGCGCACUGCGGGCCCAACCGCGACAUGUCAGAUGGGGAGGAUUGGUACGAUAAGGAAGAGUGGGGACUGACGGAGGACCUCAAGAAGGGUCAGGACGAAGAGGAGGAAGACACCACGACGGCGCCGAAGAAAACGAGGAAUCGAAGGCACGACAGAUGAAUUUUACGGGAAUUUGGCGGGGGUGGCGGCGACCCGGGGAGGGAGGGAAAGCAAAGGAUGUUUCCCGGUGACCUGCUCGGAUUUCCGUCUCGUAUUCUCCCCUUUCCACUUUUUCUUUUAAAAAAAAAACCCCCUUCCUCUCUCUUUACUCCUUGUUGGUUUGCUUCUACUUCCCCAUUUACUCUUCCUGGUCUCCUUUCAUUUUCGCUAUCGGACAGCGUGGCGUUGGCAUUGGAUGGAAAGACGAUACACCCUUAGAAAGGAACAUGGCCAUUCUAUAUUCGGUGCACAGAAAUGCACUCGAAAAAUCGAAACACAGAACAAUACGCUCUACUAAAUAGAUGGGAUCUUAUCUAACUCGAUUACCUUACGGAUACGUAGCAAAUGGCCUCUCUCUUGAACUAAGGUAGGUACCUUACAGUUCAAGGCAUUGUUUGAAUGGCUGGUACUGCCAAGGCUCGGAACGG